AUGCCGCCCCAACGCGACGGCUCUGCCCCUCUGCGCUCUAUCAACGACAUUGUCAUGUCGUUCGCCUACGCGCUGUGGCCCGCCGCAAGCCGCAUCCGCAUUCGCCAUUACACGGGUGGCGGUAAGCGCUGGUGCUCCAUGGGCGUCGACUUCGAGCAUUAUCCCCGCAGCAACAUCUACUGGUCGGCACCCGCGGUUCCGUUUGCGACUGGGCCAGGCACAGACGCAUACGAGCAGCUCUUCCUGAAGAUGAUCAAGGCGUACAGCAAGGCCAAAGAAGAGCUGGACCAGGGCUUCGUCGGCUCUCUCGGCGCGCGGUGCGCGAUUCAUCUGAUGUCGCAGCACAGUGAUGAGGACGAGGACAACAAGGAGAACGAGGACGAGAGCGAGCACAAGAGCCAGAGUGAGGCUGAGAACGAGGCCGCCGGAGCUGCCAUCUAG